UACAAUUGAAGUCCACAAUAUUGUUAAUAAAUAAUGGCAGUAACAUUCAUUCAGAAAUUUUAAAUAUAUGUCAAAAUUAGCUUCCCGGUAAAACAUUUCACAAGUGUCAAUAUACAAAAUGAUAAUUUUUUAGUUGUCAAUGAAUGACAACUUUUUUCUUUAUGAAAUAGAAAUGUGUUUAUGCAUGUGUGAUCGGAAUUUAUCGAUGUGUGAAAUGGAGAAACAAUCCAUAUUACAUGCAAUCCAUGAUAAUGAUGAAGAAAGAUUACAAGAAGGGUUACGGAAAAUUAUCACAUAUUUCUCAGAUAUUUGUAAAAAUCAUGACCACCAUCAAAACCCUAUAAACUGGACCCUGUUCAAAGCUGUAGAGCAUAAUAAUAUUCGAAUGAUUAAACUUAUUCUUGAUGUUCAGUGCGAUCUACUUGCAGAAAAUGAAUAUGGAAAUACUGCAUUAUCUUUAGCAUGCUACAAAACUGAAUCACUUGAUAUUAUUAAAGAAUUAUUGGAUCGAGGCGCUUCUGUGCAUACUAUUAAUAAGCGAGGAGAAACCCCUCUCAUGAUAGCAUGCGCAUAUUCAAAUAUUCAUGUUGUGAAAUUAUUAUUGGAAUAUGGCUCUGAUCUUGAAAAGGUUGACAAUGAAAAUUUUACUGCAUUAUGGCAUGCAAGAUGGAGUAAUAAUAAUGAUAUAGUAAAUGAACUUUUAAAAGCUGGUGCAAAGAAUAUUGUACCUAGUGCAUUAGAUGCAGUGUUAUUAAAUGAUAUCGAUGCAUUAAUAGAAGCUAUAGACAAAAGUUGUGAUUUAAAUGAAACAGACUCCAGCGGUGAUACUGCUUUACAUAAUGCAGUACAAAUGGGAUAUAAUGAAAUGGUUAUAUUGUUAUUGGAUGCAGGUUGUUCAGUGAAAAUUCAAAAUUCUUGUGGAGAUACCGCAUUACAUUUGGCUUGCGUACCCGGUAUUUCAUCAGAAAUUAUAGAAAUGUUAGUGAAAGCUGAUAAAGAUAUUGUUAAUAUAAGUAAUUACCGUGGUGCGUAUCCAAUUAUGGAAGCUAGUUAUUCUUGUGAUUUAAAAAUUAUAGAUAUUUUAAUAAAAGCUGGAGCUAAUUUGAAUGUAUCAUGUGAUAAUCAUACUGCUUUAUGGGAUGCUAGACUUGCCAAUAAAAUGGAUAUUUACCAAAAAUUACUUGAAGAAGGCAUAAACCCUUUGCUUGGUGGUGAAUUGCAAUAUUAUGUACAAUUUUUGUUCAAUAUGUGGUGUACUGAUUCGGAAACGGUAAUUAAAAUUUUACACUCGAAUAAACAUUUGAAAACUACAGGAUUUGUUCAAAUUGCAUCAAAUCAUAGAUACAGCUUGAAUCAUGUGAAAGAGUUUGUCCAAGCUUUGAGUGAUGCUGGAAUUGACGUGCAUUUUGUAGACGGUUCAGCUUAUAGUGAUGCUGGAAUUGAUAUACCUUUUAUAGAAUGCCCAGUUCAAAGCUCUCCUUAUGCUUUGACUAUAUUUUUUACAGAUGCUUCUGAAGAUCUAAUAUUCUGGUUAGCAUCACAAAGUUGUGCUAUAGAACCAAUUGUUUUGAAUGAGUCAGAUAAAUUCAGUCUUAAACACAUAUGUAGAACAUUUAUUCGAAAAGCAUUAUCCGAAACUGUUCACUCAAAGCAUCAAUUUGAUUUAGCUUUGCGUCAAUUAGACUUGCCUAUUGAUGUGAUGUUAUACAUAAAAUACUUGAAAUAAUAUUGAAGGAUAUAUAGUUCAAAUAGAGGUGAAAUCAAGAACUAAGUUACAAUUAUGUUUCUUCUCAAACAACUUGUUACAUUUAAAAAUAAUAAAGAAUUGAUUUAAUAUAUGUGG